AUGAAGAAUAAAAAAACCAUCCAGCAGGUGCAGCAACUAGUCCAGUUGGCCGAACCCCGCCAACUUUAUGUUAGUGCUAGUUUGUUAGCCAAUGGCACCAAAAAAACUUGGAGUUGUAUUAUUGUUAACAAUAACCAGCAGAUAUUAGCCCGUUUUAACAACCAGCAAGUUAUUCGUCCCUUAGAAGCCAAAGCCUAUGCG